GCGGCGGGAUGAAAAAUGGCCAUCGCCAGACUCGGUGAACUAUCAGUGCCUUUUUUAUUAAACUGUCCUUUUUAUUAACUGAUCUUCGGAGCCGAUCAUGUUAGCUGGUAGCAGCGGGAGAUAAACCCGGAGCUAACAGGCGGCAGUCAGCAGACCCACGGCCCGGCGGAGAGGCUCUGUGUCCGGCUGCAGCAGCAGAUGGAUCCUCGGUGUGUUCGGGUAAAAGGCGGAAGACUGCGCAUCAACACACCGAAGCAGGGAUGCUACCGCCGCUAACAAGCUAACUGUUUGUUUCAGGAUGCGGCUAAACGUCUGCUGUUUCAACAGCAACUGAGGAGAACACAGACAGAUUUCGACUGGCGCCGUCCAUCUUUAUGGAGUCAAAUCAGGAGAACCAGAACUGAGAACGUGUUUUAACCCUCAGCUUGUCCCAGCACCCAGCAAGACCUCAGGAUGGCGAGCAGGAGGAAGUCGACCAUCCCCUGCAUGGUUCCUCCGAGAGAAGCCGUCGACUCGGAUCAGGAGAUGGAGGAGGUGGCAGAGGAGGUCGAACCGGAGGACAGCAACGGCGUGGCCACCGUCUCCUCGGAGGUGUCGGAGGAGCGGGCCGACGACGCCGGUGUCAGAUCGACGUCGGACCCCUACCUGGAAUCCAACAUGGCGGAAGGAGGCUACGAGUGUAAAUACUGCAGCUUCCAGACGUCAGAGCUGAACCUGUUCACCAUGCACGUGGACACGGAGCAUCCAGACGUGGUCAUCAACACGUCGUACGUUUGCAUGGAGUGUGACUACCACACCAAGAGUUACGACACCCUGCUGGCCCACAACGCCCGCUUCCACCCUGGCGAGGACAACUUCACGAGAACGAUGGUAAAGCGAAACAACGAGACCGUCUUUCAGCAGACCGUCAAUGACCUCACCUUCGACGGCAGCUUCGUCAAAGUAGAGGACGACGACGGCGAGGAGACGUCCCGCAGAGGCAUCGCCUUCAGCAAGACGCCCAUCAUGAGGAUUAAGAGUCGCUUGGAGCCUAAGAAGUUCACCACGGCGCACAAGAUGGCCGUCGAUGAUGUCAUAAAAGUGGAGAGCGACGAAGACGAGGAUGACGAGAACAAGGAGCCGCCCACGCUUUCUCCCGCUCCUAUGACACCCACCGCCACUGCUCCCCGCCUCCUCUCCGCGCCGCUACAGGUGCAGGCAGUCCCUCAGAGCAUUGUGGUCAAUAGUCCCAAUGUGCUGCAGAUUAAAGGCGGGGCAGGCGGGGGCGCCGUUCUGCCUCCCGGGACGCUGGCUCAGGUUCUUUCGGCUCUGCAGACUCAGCAGAACUGCACCCAGACACAGACGCAGCUCCUCAUCCCCAUCAGCAGCAUCCCCACCUACAAUUCAGCCAUGGACAACAAUGUCCUGCUGGUCAGCGCCUACAACAGGUUUCCGUACCCGUCGGUGUCAGAGAUCAUGGGUUUGUCGUCUCAGACCAAGUUCAGCGAGGAGCAGAUCAAAGUCUGGUUUUCUGCUCAGAGGCUCAAACACGGAGUCAGCUGGACGCCGGAGGAGGUUGAAGAGGCGAGGAGGAAGAAGUUUAACGGCACUGUUCAGACCGUCCCUCAGACCAUCACCGUCAUCCCCGCCAACAUCGCCGCAGCAACAAACGGCCUCCAGUCCAUCUUCCAGACGUGUCAGAUCGUCGGCCAGCCGGGACUCGUCCUCACUCAGGUGGCUGGUAACGGCGGCACUGUCCCCGUUGCCUCCCCCAUCACGCUAACUGUUGCAGGCGUUCCCGGUAACCAGCCCAAAGCCGCCGAACCAACGACGUCAGAAUCAAAGACGGAGUUGUUGGCCUCGUCUGCGAGCACGCCAGUCAAUCUGGACUCAUUGGCAUCCAAACCGAAGAAGUCCAAGGAGCAGCUGGCGGAGCUGAAGGCGAGCUACGGCAGGAGGCAGUUUGCCACGGAGGCGGAGAUCUCCAGACUUAUGCAGGUCACCAAACUCUCCAAACGAGCAAUAAAGAAGUGGUUCAGCGACACGCGGUACAACCAGAGGAACUCCAAGGAUCACCACGGCGUCCUGUUGAGCGAAUCCUCACCAGGACGAGCGCCGGCGCCCCUUUCAGGUGGACGAGGAGGACGGAACAGCAGCGGCAGCAUAAACGAUAGCAUCAGCAGCGAAAGCCAGUCCGCCACCAUCAUCAUCGACUCCAGUGACGACGCCAGCGACUCCUCCCCCACUUCUGCCAACGCUCCGGGGUCGUCCAGCUCCACCAGCGACACGCCAAACCCCAGGAUCAAGUUCCGACAUGCCUUUCCUGACUUCACGCCACAGAAAUUUAAAGAAAAGACGCAGGAGCAGCUGCUCAUCCUGGAGGCCAGCUUCCAGAAAUCAGACACGCCAUCGGACGAGGAGCUGAGCCGACUGAGGGCUGAGACGAAGCUGACGCGGCGAGAAGUGGACGCCUGGUUCACAGAGAGGAGGAAGAUGCCUUUUGGACUGCUGCUAAAGGACGACGACGGCGAGGGGGAGAGCGAGAAGGUCAAACCUGCCGCUGUGACGUCAUCAUCCUCUGCUCUGGAGCGUCAGACUUCUACGUCAGGGGGGAGGAAGAUCAUGAAGAAGACGCCGGAGCAGCUGCACAUCCUGAAGAAGGCGUUCGUCCGCACGCAGUGGCCAACGUCAGAGGAGUACGACCAGAUGGCAGAGGAGAGCGGGCUGCCCAGGACGUACAUCGUCAACUGGUUUGGAGACACGCGCUACGCCUGCAAGAACAGCAACCUGAAGUGGUACUACCUCUACCAGAGCGGGAAGGUGGACGAGGCACUGAACGGCGGAGCAAAGACCCAGAAGAAGUCCAGAAAGCGUUUCCGUGGUUGGUCCAGGAGGUCGCGUCGGCCUUAUCCCUGUAAACGAUCUCCACAAGGGGGCGCUACUGCCAUCAAGGUGAAGUCCGGUAAGACGUUUCUGAAGGAGUACUACCUCAAACAUCGAGCGCUGAGCGAGAGAGACCUGGACGACCUCGUCACCAAGUCCAGCAUGAGCUACGAGCAGGUCCGGGACUGGUUCUCAGAGACCGCCAGGAGGGUGGAGGAAGGGAAGGAGCCGUUCAGCGACGAGGAAGCCGAAGGGGAGGAGGGGGAGGAAGAGGAGGAGGAGGAAGAAGAAGAGGAGGAGCCGGUAGCAGCAGCAGAGCAGGUGGACAGCGAAGGAGAGAUGGAGGUGAAAGAACAAGGAGAAGUCGCCACAGACGAUGACUGCAAUGAGGAGGAGGAAGAGGAGGAGGAAGAGGAGGAGCUGGAAAGCAUUCAGGAGGAGUCUGAAGGAGCCAGCCAAUCACAGCCUGAGGCAGACGAGCAGACAUGAGCACACAGGUGAGCAGCAGCUCGGCGUCGCUCCCCGCUGCGGAGACAACACAGAGGAAGACAUCAGUGUUUCUCAGCUGGUGGGUCAGGACCCAAAGCUGGCCACAGGACAUUCAGACAGGGUCACAAAGUUGGCGUGUUACUAAAUUGGGUUUGUGCCUUCGACAUGAACUUUGGGUCCUGAUCAGCUGAGAAGCUGAUCUGAUGUGACAGACUAAAAGCUUCAGGAUCGUUUGUUUCCGUGGGGACCAACGAACGUGCGGGGCAGCGAUGCCGCCAGAGCUCCAGCUCGGCUCCUGCACAAACAGCGCGGCUUUCUUACCAGAAGAUUGAAGGUAAACUUUGUAUAAAAACAUUUGUAAGAGGUGAGACCUCGCAUGGAUUCAUCAUCAACAUCAAACCUUCUUCUCAAGGGAACGUCCUCUCCUCCAAACCCAACCACGAAAACAUUUUACUGUUCUAAAAAAGCUUUCUAAAGCCAACUCUUUGUUUUUUUGUGAAUAGAAACUCAAAUUAGUGCCAUUCUGUUUAUAAGAUUUUGUUAAAUAAAAAAAAAACAGUGCUGGUUGAAUUCCACGUCAACAUUUUAACCUUUUUGUAUUUUUUUAAGUGAUUUGUUAAAGUCUGAACGUCGUGUAAAACAACGGGGACUGAAUCCAUUUUACUGUUCUUACUCUGAGUUUCUCUGGAUAUCGUUUCUAUGUUAGCCAGCGUUUGGGUCCAUUCAGUUUCAACCACAUCAGUUUGUGAAUUUACCUCCAAAAAAUCAGAAUUUAAAGGAAAAAUCCACCUGAAAAUCCUUCAUUUAGAUAAUUUCUACUGAUACAUCGUUGCUUUAUACAGGUUGAUAUUGGACUUAUUGCUGUUUGCUAGAGUUGCCACUAUUCCAGAUUUUAAACGUUUGCUUCAUGGUUCUGGUAAAAAUCAAAAACUGAUACCUGCUUCAAUAUCACAGCAACAAAAAUAGAUGUUGCAGACACAAAAUAUUGUUUAAUUUCUUAUUUUCAGUCAUCAAAUCUUUGAUUCAAACUCCUGCAUGCUGUUAGAAUUCAACUGCAAAGAAAACACUGGUGAACCAGGACAUGGGUAACCUAGUCUUUGCAUUUUUAACCAGUUCAGGACCACAAUCCUGCUCACAAGACCUUCUAGACCAGUGGAUCCCAGCCUGUUUAUCCUCGGAGCCCUUCCAACUAAGAAAAGCUGAGCCCACCAAAGACAAACAAGCAUAAAAAAAUAACAUAACCAUCAAAAAUCAACAUGAACUUUCUUUGCUUAAACCCCCAAAAUAAGGCUGAAAAGAUCUUUGUAUAAACUACUUAGCAAUGGUUUUAUAAUGAAUUUAAGCAAUGUGUUGCACCCCUACAGAUUUCUUGGGGGUCCCAGACCCUCAGAAACAAAAGUCUGAACUGGCAGCCUGGGGGUCAUAUCAGGCCCCCAAAGCCCCCUGUGUGGCCCCCAACAGAUGAUUACAUUCAGAAAAUGUCAGGAAAACAAAUGUCCUAGUUUUAAAGUAUGUUUUGUCUUUAAAUUUCUACAUCUAACAUCAAAAUCAAAGCGAUCAAGACUGCCUCAGUUUUAUCAGUAAUAGCUGUUUUUACAUAAAUCCACCUGUCAGCCAUUAUUGGUAAUUAUAUUUACCAUCAAACCCAGCAAUGGACAUGAGCCUUAGAAACAUGGAGCUAAAAUAUGUCAGUCGCCCCCUUGUGGCCGGCUGCGGUAUAGGUGAUAGGGACUGAUCUCACAGCUAAAACCCCAGAAUGACAGACAUUUUUAAAGUAAAUACUGAUACAGUGAUGUGUUAAUGACACUAAAGUAAGCAUGUGGCUCAUGCACAAGUGUAGAUAAUGACCUCUGGUCUAAACCAGAACCAGAACUGCCCCUGUAGCUCCUGCCAGGCUGACUGAACGCUCUUUAACCCAAACGUGGACAAAAAUGAACUGUUGCUUUCUUCGUGGUUUAGCACCGUUUGAUCCAUGAAAUGUCAGAGGUAUGCUGUAUCAGGUAAAACCUACCUAUAACUGAAAUAUAAUCAGCUCAGGAGUGUGGAUGUUAACCUUUGAUUUUAAUCAGAUUAUAAUUAUUAGCCAAGGAACAUCACCAGUAUGUGGUGCCUUUAUUUUUGUUGCUGUGGUUCAAAAGAAGAUUAUCAUAUGAUGUUUAGUCUGGACAACCCGUGAAUAUCAUAGUGGGAAAAACUACUGACAAAUUAAAAGAAAUCUAUUUUAUAUGAUUGAUAAAUAGGAGAGGAAUGAUUCCAUAAGGAAUUGGAGGUAAACUCCUUAACGUUGUUGUAUUUGCAGAAAAAACGAUGAUGAUGUGCAGGAGUUUGCCUGCUGCUUUUUAAUAAUCAGAACAAAAUCCAAAAAUACACGUGCCAAGAUCUUCUAUUUUUGUUGAGUACAGAUUAGAAUUUUCUUCAGAAUCUGGUGCUAAAGUUUCAGUACGGUGGGGCUCAGGUAGCCCUGUGGUUAGGCCACACCCCCUGGUUUCCUCAUCUCCUGUCCUACCCACACAGAAAUGGGAAGCAGUUUAAACUUGAAUUUAAUAUUGGUCAUGUUAACCAUUGUGAAGCUCUACUAAUACUCAAAUUUCGGUGUUCUAGUAUGUGACUUGGCCUUACUACGAGAGCUAAAAGUAUUACUAGUAGUACUAGUAAGGCCAUAAGUGCCUACUAAUACUACUAGUAGAUGUAAAAAUGUCUACUAGCACUACGAGUAGCCCUUCUUCACCCCACUAAUAGUACGAUUAGUGGUAAAAAUGUCCACUAGUAGUACGAUUAGAGCUAAAACUGUCCACUAGUAGUAUGAUUAGUGCUAAAACUGUCCACUAGUAGUACGAUUAGUGCUAAAACUGUCCACUAGUAGUAUGAUUAGUGCUAAAACUGUCCACUAGUAGUACGAUUAGUGCUAAAACUGUCCACUAAUAGUAUGAUUAGUGCUAAAACUGUUCACUAGUAGUACAAUUAGUGCUAAAACUGUCCACUAGUAGUACUAAGUGACCGUUCUUUUACUUCUCUAGUAGUACCAUUAGUGAUUGAAAUGCGUAUUAUUACUACUAGUUAAAGCAGAAUUGUCCACUAGUACUUGUCUGAUUUUGAGCUAACUAGUAGUCCUAGCAGACAAAAUAUUGUCUGACUAGUAGAGGUUUUUGGCACACUACUUGACCCUACUAGUUAAACAUGAUUGCUAACUAGUCAGCGACUAUGUGCUAGUUGUACUGCUAGUAGACAGCAGUCACCUUUGGCCUUAAGUCAUUAGGACUAGAAAGGCAGUCUGGGAAAUGUAGGAGGUAUAAUGAUGGAGUUUAGGAUAAAAUCAGUGACGGGUUUCUGAAGGUGGACUUUUCCUUUAAAGUUCAGGUGAAUAUAUUUUGAUAUUUCUGUUUUGACGGUUACAGAAAACACAUUUCAGUCGACAGAGUUCCUCAUUUUGGGUCAACAGUCUUUCUCAGCGUUGAACCCAAACCAAGGGAAGGCAGGCGUGCUCUUCUUCAGGAAACAGGCAACUUUACCUCAGUCAGUUAAGCUACAAACUCAGCAAGAUUGUGACAUUUACACUUUACAACAGCUUUUCUUUUUCUAGAGAAUUCAAUACUGUAUGCAUGUAAGUACACAAAAAUAAUGACGGCGCCGUUUCUGCCUCACAUCAACAUCCUGCUCUGUUUGGGUGAUCAGAUACCGAGUUGACUGACCUUACCUAUCGUCAUCAGUGAUAAUAACAACCCCCACAUUUCUGUGGCUCUGACCAUGGUGUGUAUCCCAAUGCACUGUUAGCAGUACAGCUAUUGCUCAUAAGAAUGAAUGGGGCCAGUGAGCUACUAGCUUAGAGGCUAGCGGCACCUCUUCAGCAGCUUAGGCUUGGCAUGCAUAGAAUGUUUUAUAGGCUUCAAAGGAUGCCAUUAUCUUUAUGAAGUCUAUAUAAGGCUAUGAGGGAUGACAUCAUCAUUGGUGAAGCUACGGCAUAUUCCCUCCAUUUUUGCCAAACUGUAUGCCACCAUUAACCACUGUGAAGGUGGUGGAGCUGCCACUCUUCAGGAUUUUCCUUUAUUUUUCCACAUCCAUUUUACCCUCAACCUUCCAGGUAGGUCAGUCACUUUAAAGCAGGGGGAUAUUUAUGCAGUCACUAUUUUGACGUUACAGAUUUUUAUUUCAUUGACAUUACUUUGGAGAAAUCUGUUUUCUCUUUGACAUUAAGAGGGAUUUUUUUGUAAUUUUUUGGUCAAAAAGGCCACAUUUUUUUUAAUUCAAUUGAUUUAUAAAAUGAACAAAAAGUAAAACCCUGGAGAGGCUUUUAUAGGCACUGUAUGGCAGUGUAUCCUCUCUUUAGGAAACUGACUUGGUCCUACAAGCUAGAAGAGAUGCUUGACAUCUUUUCAAUGACCCUCUUCCUACUUCAACAUCAACCAUGCUGCCCAGACUCUGUGCUGCAGGAUGCAGAUUUUCAGGAGACCUUAAGGGGAUGUACUCGAGCACGGUUGCCUGAUAACUGCCUCAGUACACAUGUAUCAUGCUAGUCACCUCUUCAGGCAGAGUUGGGCUUGGGGUGAAGUCAACUCAGAUCUAAGGAUGUUCCUCAGCGUCUAUUUCCCUGUUCAGCUAACUGCUCAUUUACAUUUUGUUUAACCGACUAGUAUAAAGAGGAGAAAACCCCUAGAAAACAGUCAAAUUCCUCACAGGGUCAUUGUGUCAGCGGGUGUGACGUUAGCCUGAUAUACUCUCUACAGCAUGGCUAGCAUUAAAAACUAGCACUGUCCGCCUUUGUUCCUCUUUGCAGAUUAAUAUCGUGCUUUGAUAUUUGGCCUCUUUUCACAUCGGUGAGUAGUCAUACCUGAGCUUAACCCUCGACAGCCCACAUACCACUUUAUUUCCUUUUACUAAUUUAGAAAACUGUCACACCGCAGUCUUCCUACUACACGCUAACUGCUUAGCCACCGCUGAGCUUCUCAUGUUUACAUCCGGCGAAGUGCCAGAGAGGAAGGCAGCGGCCAUUAACUGAAGCUACAGCGGCCUCUAGUGGCGGGAGGUUCAUUAAAGAGUAUUAUGUACCAGGAUUUCAAGCCUGUGUUCAUAUUAAAAAAAAGCAAUUAGUUUAACCGACUAGUAAAUCCCAUGGCGGCUAAUAGAUAUAUGAUAUAUAUAUAGAGAUUUAUAUAUACUAUCAGAUGCAGGCCUGGGUACCUAAUAUGGAACCACCUUAACUGGUGGACUGCAGAUCACAUCCAAUCACAACCAGUCCGGUCUGGAUAGACAUCCCAGACCGCCUCUGUAUGCGAUCUGAGCUCUCAGAUAUCCAGCGUUUAACUUUUCCUUGAUUCACAGGAAGCACUGAGGAUCAACACUCAGCAUCUGAGUAACCCAAACAGACGUAGAUCCAUGUUGAUGUAAGGUAUAAACGGCGCCUGUGUCUUUAAGAUGGCGUUUCUGUUGUUUUCUCCUCGCCACCAAAGUUAAAGAAUCACUUUAAGAAGAAAAGAGAAGAUGACAUAGUUAUUAGUGCGUUUCUUUGCUUCGAUACGGGUGAACUAGUUAAAAAUAUCCUUCAGGUUUUCAACAUUUUAGAGACGAGAAACCUCGAGCACUUGGUUCAGUUCCUGCGGGAACUUUUUAACUUUUCAUAUGUGGGUUUCAAAAAUUUGAAAAAUAAAAUAAGCUUUUCUAUUCCUUCUCAGAAACAUGUAGGACUCUGUUAGCAUAUGCAAACACCACAAAACAAUCAGCAGGUAGAGCGGCGUCCAAUCAGAGUCUGUCUUUUGGGUUUUUAUUAGUUUCUGCAGCCACACGAGUACCAGCUCUGUAAUUCUGCAAAGUUUUCGCCUUUCUGCCAUCUUGAAAUCACUUUAAUAGCCAACAGUUUUUAGUAGUUAAUUUAUUUAUUAUAUCUGGACUUUCAUGGAUAUCUUUUUUGUCUGCAAGCAAAGAAAUAAAAAAUGUUUAAACUCA